AUGUUAAUAGAUUACGGCGGGGGGAAACUACCCACAUGGUUUUCUAAUUCUCUCAAGAAUGUGGUGAUAAUCCGUCUAUUCGGUUGUGAUGGACUGCGAUAUCUUCCAUCACUGGGUCCACUGGUUUUCCUUGAAGAAUUGAUGUUUUAUCGUCUAGGCAACUUACAGUACAUACAGCACGAGGAGGCCGCACCAGCACCAUCAUCCUCUACCCAAUAUCUUCCCCGCCUCAAGUCUCUCACCAUAGGGAGUUGCAGCAACCUAAUGAGCUGGUGGUCGACCAAAAAGAUAAAGAUGCCCCUAUUCCCUUGUCUUUGCUCUCUUCAAAUUUCUUUCAGCAACAAGCUGGUAUCCAUUCCUCGGCUCUCGGUGCACGUCGAAAAGGUUGAGUUUUGGAGUGUAAAGAGUGAGCUGUUGGGUGGGUUUGCUACGUCACUUCCUCCACCCCAUUCCCCAACACAAUCCCAAUUCAAAUCACUUCAAAUUGGUACCGUGGAAGAUCAACGAGUUUUGGUGCCAGAGUUACUGCUACAGCUUGUUUCGCUUGAAUACCUACGUAUAGAACAAUGCUCAAACUUAACGACUCUGUCUCCGCCAACUAAUAUUCCUAGUCAACAACAUCUCAUUUCCCUUCAGAGUGUUCCUAGCAGCAUGGUUCCACUGUAUGUACUUCCAGCCUUGCUUCGCUUUAAAAUCAAGUCCCUCCCAAUGUUGGAGUGCCUACCAGAGUGGCUUCAGCAUUCCUCUAAGUUGCGGCUUCUGAAGAUAACUGAAUGUGAGGGUCUCAAGUGUUUACCAGAGUGGCUCUUCAAGCUGACGGCAUUGGAGAGUUUAUAUGUGAAAUCCUGUGCUGGUUUAUCAUCGAGAUUGGAAAGCAGGAUGGCUGAGGACUGGCCUAAAGUUGCUCACAUUCCAAAUAUCAAAAUCAAUGGUAAAAUGGUUCAACGGAAUGGUCAUUAUUUGGAAGCAGAAGAAGUAGCAGAAGAAGAUCAAUACAAAGAACAAGAAGCGGAGGGAGAAGAUGAAGAUGAAGAACUACCCACUGGCACCCAGUUUUCAAGGAUGUUGUCAAAUUGCAUAGCAAGGCUGACUUGCAACCUUUUCCACAGAUGCUUUCUCUGCUAACUACCUUCUGCAUGCAUAUUUCCCUAGAUGGUUAACUAUUAGUAAUGAAAGGUGCAAGAGACUACAAUUUUCUUCUGUGUUUGCAAGCUGCAAUGCGAAGGGUGUGUGUGCCUAUGGACAGUGGCAUGGUGGUGACUUGUCUAGCCUGCUCAAGUAUCUGCCUAUUAAUUAUAUCUUGAACUUGAUAGUUCUAGUAUCAUUAUUCCAAUAACAUUAUAUUCUGCUGUUGAUUGUUAUUUCUAGAUUUCAGUUUUGAUGAUAAAGCAUUGCUGAGCAAGGUGAAGCAAUAGUCAGUGACUGUCUCUGUGUUGAUAUAGGGGACCCUUCAGCUGGACAUAAGGAUCGGAGAAUGGUUUGCUAGACGCAAUCAAGCUGUUUCGGUGACCUACUCUGGGUUGACAAUGCUGGUUUUGGAAGCUGUAGCCGUCAGGUCCUUCCUAUGGAAUGCCGAGCGAGUACCAGUUCUUGAAUGACUGAAAGUUGCUGAGACAGUCCUCAAGAAGUUGGGACCUCUAGCUGUUGAACAAGCAGGCCUCCUCUGGGGUCUCAGCAGCGAGGUCUUGAAACUGAAGAGUACGGUUACUUCCAUCCGAGCCGUGCUGUUGGAUGCAGAGGAGCAAUCUGGUCUAAACAAUCAAAUCCAAGUUUGGCUGCAAGAACUCAAACAAGUCCUUUAUGAUGCUGACGACUUGUUGGACGAUUUCAACACUGAGGCGCUGUUGAGGCAGCAGCAUGACAAAGUCGACAUAAACGAGAAGGUACACCUCUUCUUCUCCGCUUCCAACCAUUUGCUCAAUGGUCUCUUGAUGGCUCAUCGAAUUAAGGCCAUCAGAAGCAAGCUAGAUGAGAUUGAUGAGAACCGAAACAAGUUCAACCUUCAAACGCGACUUGAGGAGGAUUCUGCUGCUGCUAUGAGCAAGAAGAGGAGCCAGACAGAUUCCUUCGUCCCUAAUGUAUUUGUUGGGAGAAAAGAAGACAGUGAGAAGAUAAUAAGCUUGUUGUUGUCGACCAACGAUGAGCAGAAAGUUGAAGUGAUACCUAUUCUUGGAAUGGGAGGUCUGGGGAAAACUGCGUUGGCUCAAUAUAUUUACAAUGAUAAGAUCGUGAGCUCUUAUUUUCAACUGACAAGUUGGAUAUGUGUUUCAGACAAUUUUAAUGAAACAGUGCUGGUCAAAAAGAUUCUAGAGUCUCUGUCUGAAGAAAAAGUGGCGGAUCUUCAGUUGCAGAGUUUGAAGAGUAAACUCAAGACAAAAAUGGAGAACAAAAAGUUUUUGGUUGUCUUGGAUGAUGUAUGGGACAAUGGUGAUUACAUGACCAAUUGGGAGAGGUUGAUGAGUUUUUUCUGCAAUGUUGGGGCAGUAGGAAGUAAAAUUAUGGUAACUACUCGAAUUGGAAGCGUUGCGAAUUUCAUGGCGACGAAAGGGAUCGAAAGACACGAGAUAAAAGGUUUAUCCAAGCAAGAGUCAUGGUCUUUGUUUGAACGAAUAGCAUUUAAGGGGAAAGCAGUUGAAGGAGAUGAAAGGUUUGAGCGAGCAGGAAAAGAGAUCGUUGGAAGAUGUGUGGGAGUUCCUUUGGCUAUAAGGGCGAUGGCCGGUGUCUUGUCGUCCAAGAGAAAUGUGGUUGAUUGGGAGGCUUUAAAAGACAAGCAAGCACGACUGGAUUCGAUGGACAGUGAUAAAAGGAUUUUGGCAACUCUUAGGCUGAGUUACGACCAUCUUCCUUCCUAUUUGAAACCCUGUUUUGCUUACUGCAGCUUGUUUCCAAAAGAUUACGAGAUUGAGGUGAAAACGCUGGUACAACUGUGGAUGAGCCAAGGCUAUAUUAAUUGUGUUCAAUCAUCAUCAUCAUCAUCAUCAUCAUCAGAUCUAUUUGAAGUUGGAGUCGGAUAUUUUAAGAGCAUGCUGUCAAGGUCCUUUUUUCAAGAGCCGCAUGAAGAUCAUUCCGGGAAUGUGAGGUGGUGUAAAGUCCAUGAUUUGAUGCACGAUCUAGCUUUGGAAGUUGCAGGGAAGGAGAGUGUCACUUUAAGGGCCUCAAACCCAGUGGUUGACGAUGGCAUCAACUUUGAUGGGCUUCGACACAUAUCAUUCGAUUUUGAGGGAAGAAGAUCCAGAAAGCCAUGGCAAGUUCCACAUCUGUUGCCUAGAGCAACAAAACUGCGAACGCUCCUUCCUGCAAAUAUGAAUUCGUGGGGUAUGAAUGCCAACGGAGGAGAGGAGUACGAGACAAUCUUCUCCAAUAUGCCCAGCUUAAGAGCUUUAAGCCUUCGCGGUGCUCUAAUGAAGAGCGUCCCACCCUCCAUUCAUAAGCUGAAACGUCUCAGGUAUCUUGAUCUUUCCCGUAACGCAAUGCAGAUGCUACCCGAAGGGAUCACAAAACUGGUGAACCUGCAAGUGCUCGUAUUAGAUUUCUGUGAAGAGCUUCGGCAACUACCAAGAGACAUUGUGAACUUAUCCAAUCUCGAGUUUCUUAGCCUUAUCGAGUGUGUCAGGUUGACAGGCUUACCACCUGGGAUUGGGCAACUCACUCGACUGAAAGAACUGUCCAGUUUUGAAGUUACAAAUGCAUCCCACUCUUCCGGAGCAGCCACUUCCAGAGUCAGCGAGUUGAAGCACCUCAACGGCCUGGGCGGGAAGUUGAAAAUUUCAAAUCUUGAACUGGUGAAAGAUGAAGCUGAAGCGCAAGCAGCGAGUUUGAACACGAAGCAACAUCUGCGAACCUUGGAAUUGUGCUGGAACAUAAUUCGACCGGCGGAUGAUGAUGCUGCUGAGGACGGGAGGACAUUGGAGGCGUUGGAGCCGAAUGAGAAUUUGAAGGAGCUGAAGUUGUGGGGUUAUGCCGGGAGUAGUCUAUCCACCUGGUUUUUCAAUUCUCUCAAGAAUGUGGUGAUUAUCAGUCUGACUUAUUGUGAUGAACUUCGGUAUCUUCCGUCCCUGGAUCCACUGGUUUCUCUUGAAGAAUUGACGUUGUAUAAACUGUACAGCUUGGAGUACAUACAGAUUGAGGAGCCGACGCCACCGUCGGCAUCAGCACCAGCACCAUCUUCUUCUAAGAAUGGUGUGCAACUUCUCCCCAGCCUCAAGUCUCUCACCAUUUGGGAAUGCGCCAACCUAAUCAGCUGGGCGUCGUCCUCAAAGAUAGAGAUGCCGCUGUUCCCUCGUCUCUCUGUUCUAGACAUCAGCAAGUGCCCAAAACUGGAAUCGGUUCCUCGGUUCUCAGUGCACGUGGAAAAAGUUAGGCUAAACGGCAUGGAGAGUGAACUGUUGGGUGAGUUUGCUGCCUCCUCCAUUCCUCCACCCCAUUCCCCAACACACUCCCGAUUUACAGAACUAACAAUUCAUCGCAUCUAUGGUCUGCGAGUUCUGCCACAAGAGCUACUGCCACAGCUUGUUUCGCUUGAAUCCCUGGACAUAGAGAGUUGCCCGAACCUGUCGACUCUAUCUUCACCGGCAGCUACGCCGCUACAGUUUGCCCUUCCGGUCCUCCGUCGCUUCAGUAUCUCCAAGCUUUCGGGCUUGGACUGUCUACCGGAGUGGCUUCAGCAUUCCUCUAAGUUGCAGGAGCUGGUGAUAUGGUCCUGUGGCGGUCUCAAGAGUUUACCUGAGUGGUUCCCGAAGCUCGCCGCGUUAGAGACUUUGAUAGUAAACGAGUCCGAGCUUCUAUCACCGAGGCUGGAAAGCAGCACGGCCGAGGACUGGCACAAAGUCGCUCACGUUUCGAAAAUUGUUGUCAGUUACAAAAUGGUUCAACGAAAUGGCAAGUACUUGGUAGCAGAAGCAGGGGACCAACACCAAGAACUAGAAGCAGAGGCAGAAGAUGAUGAACAACUACCCACAUCCACCCAGUCCUCAAGGAUGUUGUCAAAUUCCAUAAUAGCAAGGCUGACUUGCAACCUUUUCCAGAGAUGCUUUCUCUGCUAGCUCGCUUAUGGCAUUCCUCCACCUUUCCCUGAGACGCUCUUAAGAAUUCUGAUCGAAGUGGACAUGCCGCAUUCAUUCAUCACCUGCAUUUUUUUUUUUAUAAGGUUUGCAUUUCUCCUGCAUUCAUCUUGGUCCUAGCUAGCUUGCUAGCCAUCAACUUUUGUUUAUGUUCUUUUGAAAGUAGAAACCCCUUUUGUCUGGGUGUCUUCAUGCAUGCAAAACAGAGCAGCUCUUUGUGAGAAUGGAGUGCAACAAGCCUAUCUUACUAUCUUCCAAAGAUUGAAUCGUUUUUUGUUAUCCCGUGACACACCCUCUCACGCCUAAUCAAUAGCUUGCCAUUUUCAACUCAAAUAGU